UUAAAUGAAAGUGCCGUGUCUUACAGGGAAGUCUGGCUUCAGCCCCACAGAUUGGUUUUGUAGUGUGGAUUAUAUUAUGCAAAUUAUUUCUGGCAGAUUAUUUAAAUGUUUAAACAGGUGUUUCUAUGCUGUACAUUAGCAUGUGUAUAUAGAGUUUACUGCAUAUUUAUUAAAUCCACAACAUUUUACUGAACAUCCGUCAUUGACCCAGAUUCAUGUAAAUUACUUUCUCAAUGCCAAGAAGCUGUAUGUAAUGACAAGGUUAUUUCAGUGCUUUUAUUAUUUAUUCUCUGGUAUUUUUAGACUCUUAAGGCUACAGACCAUUCACAGCCAGCUCAGCACCAGGCUUUCUCUGGAGCAUUGAUUUUUUUCCUGCAUGGCCUUAGAGGAUUGAGAGUCAUAGAGUUCUGUAUUAAUGUUAAUCAAUACAGCCACACAGUUUUUGUGCAGUAUACUUUAUGGGGUACCAGUUUAGGUAUGAUUGUCCUUACAAGUUGGAGACGUUUUGUUGAUGUACAGACAUACUGGAGGUUCUCAGCUCUUGGUCACCAUUGUCCAAGUAAAAGUUAAUAGCACUUGAGCUGUCUGAAGGUAAAUGAGAAGGUAGAGACCACAUACAUUUGACAGAUAGGCUUAAUUAAUAAUUGCUUAAUCCUUUUAAAAAGAUGUCACCAAACCAUCAUCGGUUAGAUAAUCAAUUGGUGUCUGAUUUGCAUGCCUGCUAACUAUGGGAUUGUUGAAAAAUGAAAAUUAGAACUACAUCAUUUACAACCCUAAUCCUCACCAGUUAUAGGUAAUUUACUUUUUUACAAAAGCACAAUCCAGGCUAUAUGUGUUGUAAGUGUUGUAUAUUAUGAUUAAAACUGGCAAAUGAAAUUAUGGUGGGUUUUUAGCAUCAGUGCCCAUUAGCCACACAGGAUACAGACCUUCUCUACUCGACUCCCUCUGAUCUCUUUGGUUUCUAUUUGCAUCCUGUGUGCACACACCCCCUUGGAUUCUCCUCCUUUCUUCCCUCUCUUCUCUCGUCCACACACUUUCUCUUUCGACUGGGGACUGAAAAAGGUAGGAGGGGUUGUGAGCAUCGCUGUUUCUCCAUGCUGACUCAUGUUGACAAUUUGGUAGAUAGAUCCUUCAUCAGAGUGAAGCAAAACUGAUGCAGAAAGAAAGAUUUUUGAAAGGUAUUGUUUGUUUUACUGUAUGCAAAUACUGAAGUGGUGGUAGCCAGCAAUAUUUAAAGAAGAAAUUCGUAGAAGAGCUAAAAGAAGUCAUCUACAACUCAAAAUGGUGGCUGGAAUGGUAAUGCCCUUAGCCGACCUGAGGGCAAUCUAUGAGCUUCUCUUUCGAGAUGGUGUCAUUGUGGCCAAGAAGGACAAGCGUCCACAGUCCAUGCACCCCGAUGUCGAGGGGGUUACCAACCUAAAGGUGAUCUGCGCUAUGGGCUCUCUCAAAUCUAAGGGCUGUGUUAGGGAGACUUUUGCUUGGAAACAUUCCUAUUACUAUAUUACCAACAAAGGAAUCGCAUACCUGCGAGAUUACCUGCACCUUCCACCGGAGAUCAUGCCUGCGCCCCUUCGACCUGUUUGGCGCCCUGCAUCAUCUGCUCGAGUCCAUAUUAUGGAAGGCCCCAAAUCCUGCAUCCCAAAACCCAAAUCUGGACAAGAAAGUCGAGAGACCAGGAUGGACAGGCUCAUUUACCGCCACAAAAGAGUUGGAGAACAGAAACAACAAUCUGAGAGGCCUCCAAGAAACUGCAGAGGUUCCUACCACUGUGAUCCAUCUGCUGACCGGCCUGGCGUUCAGACACAAGCCGUCUUUGAAAGGGAAAAAGAUGUCUGCAGAAAAAGUUCAAUCAAGAGGGCCAAGCAACCAGUUUCUUUUGUCCCUUCAUCUUCAGUUCUACCGAAGUUCUUCAAAGAGAUGCAAACUGUUCACAUGGCUCCCUGUGCCCCAGUCAAGGAAGACCUGCAGAAAUGUGUUAAAUUGACUGCUGUUAACCUACCUGCAACUCUUGAAGACCUUGAAUGUAUGAAGAUGCAGGAGACUACAGUUAAGGAGACCACCAAAGAUUUGAUCCCAGAUGUGACAAGAGGAGAAACCUUGAAUCUAGCCUUGGAGGUACUUGGAAAGAUAGAACCUGAGGUUGACCAUGGUGAUCAUGUGGCAGUAGACCAGCAAACAAUCCCUUUGUUGACAGGGCUUAGUGAAAAAGAAGAACAGGAUGCUAAAGAUGAAGAAGGCGUUCUUGAGGAAGUUGUAGUGACUGAAGAUACUCUUGAGAUGAUAAAACAGCUAAAUGCCAAGUCUGAGUCUGACCAUGACUCAGCAACUUCUCCACCAUUAGUCUCAGACCUGACAGAGGAUGUGGUGCCUUAUGACUCUGUUGAUAUAGAGGAUACCCAGAAAGUCAUGGAGAAGACCAUUCCUAUAAAGACCAUCUCUAAGUUUCAUGUCAUCUCAGAGACCUCCUCAAAUGAAGCCUUUGAGACAGGCUGGCCUGGCCCUGUUGUCCCUUCAGAGGGUUCGGAUGCUGCCUUGAAGACCACUGAGGACCAUGAGAAGGAGCAGGUCUGGCCUGACUUCCUGGAAGGUUAGAGCUUGUCUUAGUUAACGUUCCCAAAGUAUUAACACUUUGAUACC